AUGUUAAACGCCGCGCUAGAGACUAGGGGAGCCCUUUCUUCAUCUCAGAUCGUGGAUCGGACGGCUGCCGGCGAUUCUGGCGAUCAGAAUAUUUCCGCGCCGUCAGAACUGCCGGCGAAGUUCAAACAGUACGCAUCCACAGCAGACGGCGAUGCGAUUCCGUACGCCGUGGUCCGCGCCGCGUGGUCCGCUUUACGGGAGCGGCACGGGUUGGAUCGCAGCGACCGCAGCGACCAGAGCGAAGAGAGUGGUAACACAAGGACGGGUCAGAUUUCGCCGAGCGACAGCUGCGAGACGAGCGAAGUGAACGAGUCAGAAGCACGGGAGGAAGCCUCAGGCGUUACUUCACAAGGCACUGCGAGCAGCACUGGCAACACGAGUAACGAUACUGCGAGUAGCAACGGCAGUGCUGCCAGGUGCAGCGGAAACGGGAGGAGCAAUGGCAGUGCGAGCAACGGCGCUGCGAUCAGCGACAAGCGCCCUGAUUGGCUUCUGUACGAGGUGCUGCAGGGCUGCCAGGUGUUGCUACCUGCUCCACCCGAGCCUCCGAAGAAGAGUGCGGAGCUGGAAGCUCGUCUGGCUGCUCUCAAGGAAGCAGAGGAGCAGAGGCGGUAUAGAGAGCUCGUGAGAGAUGUGGUUCCCAAGGGAGCAAAAGGGAGAGGCGCAGGUGGUGGUGUUGAUGAUGAGGAGGACUUCGGAGGGCAGGGGGGAAGCUCGUACCUGGCUUCGUACAGAGAGCAGCUCGGGUUCGAGGUGCAUGCAAACACCCUGACUCAACCUCCUUGUUUCCUGCCCCCUGCGUUCCUAUUUCGCUCUCACAUGGCAGCACCCAGUGGGAGGUGCAGUGGGUUUGAUAUUCGGCAUGCUGCUAGAAACCACACUCUUCAUAAUCCGUACGACGCAGCUCGAGGAGAAACAAGCUAA